AUGAGGACUGAAAAUGCGAAUUUUGAAAUUUGCGGUUUGGGGGGUACUGUAGUAGCGAAUGCUGAUAAAGUAAGCACCAUUACUUUAUACGACAAACAGCACGACUUUAAACUAAGUGCAAGUGUCAUAAUUGUUUCCAAUUUGACUAAUUUAAUGCCAAGCUGUACAAUAUCAAUUUCUGAUCUUUCCGAGAUCAAUGAUUUAAAACUAGCUGACCCAAACUUCUUGCUUUCUGCACAAAUUGACAUGCUCUUAGGAAGUGAUAUAAUACCUCAUAUUGCCCUUGAUGGUUUAAAGAAAAAUAUUUUAGGUAAUCUCAUUGCUCAGAAUUCAAUUUAUGGCUGGUAUAUUUACGGUCCAUUGAAAUUGCACACUAUUUCACUAACAGCCAUAGAUCAUAUUCCUAAGGAAAAUGAGGCGAUUUUAAAGAAAUUCUGGGAAUUAGAAGAAAUUCCACAAAUGAAACCACAUUCAGAAGCAGAUCACUUCUGUGAAAAAUUGUAUAACGAAACGACUUAUCGUCAACCAGAUGGUAGAUACAUGGUUAAACUUCCAUUUAAAAGCGAAUUUCCAAAGGCUGUGUUCCAACAGUCAUCACGAUAUAUUGCUAAGAAACAAUAUUUACAUAUUGAAUCAUAG